AUGGAAACUAAGUAUGUUUGUACCUUAAAAAUUAAUAUUGAAUCACCUGAAAAAUGUAGAGAAUGUCUUUCAAAUAACCAGAAUAGAAAACUCAAGAAUAAAGCAGCAGAAACUGCAGAAGAACCGGGAAAAAGUACUGUCUUGCUACAAGAGACAGAACGAUCUGUAAUAGCAGUAACUGUAGAAGCAACAGAUCAAACCGAACAGACUAUUACAGAAACAUUUGCUACUACAUCUCAAAGCGAAAAUGUUCAAAGUGAGGAGAAUGUCGUGACUAUAUCUCAAGCUGAGGAUAAUGUCAUGGAAACAAAUAUGGAACCGCUAUCAGCAACAACAAUAAGUGAAUACGAGCAUGAACUUUUGCAAAAAUUUCGAACUAAAAUGAAUAAACUUCG